AUGGCCUACGAUCAGAACUCGGCCUAUGAGCCACCGAGGAGACACUACUACGAACCAGCACCACAGUCCAACCCCGCCAGAAACGAUUAUCAAGAUUACAAUGGUUAUGCACAGCAUGGCAGCGCACAGUACGAGCAUUACGAUCAAGGAUACAAUCAAGGCUAUUCCCAGCAGAACGGAGGUCACUAUGAUUAUGGCUAUGAUCAAGGCGUGAAUGCGGGCCAAGAUCCUCACUACGGCGACGCAUAUCAGGGAGGUCAUACGCAGCAAGACAAUCAACAGUAUUAUCAAGAGAACAACAGCCGCUCGUACGACCCAAGGUACCAGCCAAGAGCACAGCGAGGUCCACCGCCGCAGCAGCAUCCUGGACCGCACCCUAGCCAGAGAGGUCAGCCAACGCCAGGUCGCCCACCUUACCAAGGCGAUCCACGCGACCCUCCACCUCCAAAACAGAACGGUCACCUUCCUCAAUCGCAGAGGCCCAGAGACCCAUACGCACAACAGAAUGGAGACUAUGCUCCAGCACCUCGAAUGAAUGGGAACGGAUACCCUCCCCAACAAUCGCAAGCACCUCCGCCAGCACCUUCACAAGCACCUUCGCAGGAUCCUAGCAGGAUGUCAAUGGAAGAGUGGAAAGCGAAAGAGAAGGCAAGAUUCAAGACAGCGGCGUUGUCGCCAGAGACACUUCCCCUGGACAAUGCAUUUCCAACUUUCCCCAAGAAGAAGGACAUGGCAGGCACAUCCAGUCAACGUGGCAGCGUGGAGCAGGCUCGACCUUCCACCUCGCACAGCAACCAGCGACCUGGCACGUCGCGAGGAAAUAGUCACAGAACGGAAGGAGACGUACAGCCACCACCUAGAAGACCUGACAUUGAUCGCCAGUAUUCUUCGCCAGAGUUUGCCAAUAGCAGACAAGGCCAACAACAGCCCAACGGCUACGGUCGUCCUGACCAGCGCGACGCUUAUUCCUCAGCCACCACCCCAGUGCGUGAACAGUACCCAGAGCAGUGGCCAAUGGUACAGGGACAGACACCUCCGAAAGUAGAGCCACGGCAAUCGCCCCCACAGACAAAUGGCUACGGGCAGUACCCAGCACCAAAUCCUCGUGGCCCACCACAGCAACAGUCCUACGAUCCGAACGCUGCUUAUGAUCCACGACAAGUGCCCAAGCAGCGUGGCCCUCCUCCCAUCGAUACACGUCAACACCAGCAGCGACCUGUUCACUCUGGUCAGCCUAUGAGCCCCGCCUAUUUACCACCCCGUCCGUCCACUUCACAAGGCCCACGACCGCCGCCCAAUCAGGGUUUUCAAAGCCCUGUCGGGCAAUAUGCUGGGUCUACGAUACCUCAAGAAAGCACACGAAUUUUGCCAAACCAGAUGGCCGGUCAGCCUCCAAUGGAAGACCAGUACAGCAGAAAUGGCAGUCUUGGUGAUAUAUACGACGACUAUAACACGACGCCGCCGAGACAGAUCAAGAGAGCACCUACUAAUCGCGAGGAGGAAAUCGAAGCUGAGAUGCCCGAUUUCGAUACCGCUGCACCUCAACAGACCUCGAAUGUGCACAAGAGGAAUCAGACGAUGGACAAGCACCUCGCCGAGCCACAAGGCCCUCCUCGGGCGCAAGCACCUCCCAUGCCGAGGAUGGCCACCGCUCCUCCUGAGGCUAUGCAGCAGUCGGGGUCUGCUCCUGAUUUGCGCUAUGCUCAACAGCAGUUCGGCCCGCGACAAGGGCCUGGAUCUCGCGGGCCACCACAGCGAGGCAUGACAAGUCCUUAUGAUCAGGGCCAGCCACCACCUCCAGCGCAGCGACAGUACGACAUUCCAUACAGAAAUCAGCCCACCCCACAAGAUUCAUCCUAUCAGCAGGGCCGACCACUGCCUCCGCCUAAUGCACCCUUUGCUACAGAACCUCAAGUUAGACGCUCGUUGGAUGACGGCAGAGGACCGCCAAGCCGACAAGGACCGCCACAGCAACAGCAACAGCGGUUCUAUCAGAAUGGUCGAGCACCUCGAGGAGGGUAUCCACCGCAGCAGCGGCGGCCUGACUUCGACCGUAACCAGACCUCACAGACUGUAUGGUCAGACCCUGGCCAAGAGCGAGUAGGCAGUGCACCUCCUCAGCAAGCUCUGCCAACGCCACCAGCAACAGCUACUGCUGUCCCUCUUUUACAACAACGUUCGGCACCUGAUCAAGCUUCACGCAACAGCAAUCCCGAUGCACUACCGCACCAUCCAGUGCCGGUACGAGCUGGUCAUGUACAGCAAGGGCAAUCGCAGCCAAGCAAGCCGCCUCCUGUAAGAAACUACAAUGGCGGCUCGGUGUCGUCGCAGUCCAGCGCCCCACACCAGCGUCAGGCUUCGAUGGACCACUUCGCACAGCCAGUCACCCAACAAGAGAUUGAGCGACUCCGCCAGACUGUUGACAACCCGCCGCACAGCCCAAAGCAGACGUUGAUCCUUGUCAAGAAGCUUGUUGAAGCAUCAAGUGUGCUCGCGAACGAGAACGGAAGAGCGGAUCCCAAGACGGCGGCGAAGAAUCGUGAGCGAUACAUCAAUGAAGCGUACAAGCGUCUGAAGAAACUCGUCGCGGCUGGAUAUCCAGACGCUCAGUUUUACAUGGCUGACUGCCAUGGUCAAGGGAUGCUUGGACUUGAAGUUGACACGAAAGAAGCUUUCAAGCUGUAUCAAGCAGCUGCCAAAGCCGGCCACGCGCAAGCAGCCUACCGAACUGCGGUAUGUUGCGAGAUGGGCCCAGAAGAAGGCGGUGGUACGAGCCGAGACUAUGCCAAGGCUGUUCAGUGGUAUCGUCGCGCAGCGGCUCUUGGUGAUGGACCUGCCAUGUACAAGUUGGGCGUGGUGCUGCUGAAGGGGCUGCUCGGAAACCCAAAGAACAUUGCUGAAGCAGUGACAUGGUUGAAGCGCGGUGCAGAAAAGGCCGACAAGGACAACCCACACGCAUUGCAUGAGCUUGCCAUGAUACACGAGUCAUCAAACACUAACCCAGAGAUCCGAAACAAGGUCGUCGCUGAUGACAGCUACGCUAAAGAGCUCUACACUCAGGCGUCGCAGCUCGGAUACAAGUUCUCGCAGUUCAGACUUGGUCAAGCGUACGAGUAUGGCUCUCUUGGGCUUCCCAUCGACAAUCGCAAUUCCAUCGCAUGGUACACAAAGGCAGCCGCUCAGGGCGAGCAUCAGGCCGAACUUGCACUCUCUGGCUGGUACCUUACUGGUGCUGGCGGUAUUCUGGAGCAUUCUGAUACCGAAGCAUACCUUUGGGCUCGCAAAGCGGCGUCAUCCGAGCCUCCUUUGGCCAAGGCAAUGUUCGCAAUGGGCUACUUCACUGAGAAUGGCAUUGGGUGUCCCGCCAGCAUGGACGAGGCCAGGAAGUGGUAUGGCAGGGCAGCUUCCUACAAAUUUCCCAAAGCAAUCGAAAGGUUGGAGGAAUUGAGACGUAACCCCGCCGGCAAGAACUCCAAGGCCGCUCCAGUCAAUGGCAAGCUCACUAGGAAAGAUCAGAAGAAAGACGAGGAGAACUGCGUCGUGAUGUAG